UUAUUGUUACAUCCGAGGAGAUGAUGUAGGUGGUAAACGCCACCGGGAGUUUACGGAUCGCUACUCUAUGCCACGCCAUCCAGCUUCCUGGCUUAGGUGCAUACUUGAAUCAGUUAUUCGAAUACCUAAUUGGGGUGUUUUGUAUUUUUCAGCUUAUUAUUGAAAUAAAUAAUGUAAUGAUGAACUAGCACUUAUUUUCAUCCAAGCUUGCUGGAGAAUUAAAAAUUAGAAGGCUGGCUGCACUGCCAUGAGGAUCGGCAGGCUCGUAGGCUGAUUUUACUGACGCCCACGUUCUUGGCACCUAGGUCUUGUUCUCCGGUCGCACGAGGCUUCGGCUACCUCACUCACUUCCAAAUCAUGAUUCUCAAUUAAUCGAUCUCGUCGCGUUCGACGAAGUUGAUAAUAGACAAAUAUUCAAUGCAUCUGAUACAUUAGAGCGGAUGGCAGACCCUUUGGGAGCAGCUGGCUCCAUUGUGGGCAUUGCCGCAUUUGGUCUGAAGUUCGCAACGACCCUACAAACGUACAUCGAAGCGGUAGCCGACGCACAAGAAAGAUUGCGGGAUAUUGCAUUUGACGUUAGCGCCACAGCAUCCGCUCUUGAGCAGCUCCAUGACUUUGUUGAAGCCGACAAAAAUGAAAGGACAGUCGUAAAUGAUUCGGGAUUAAAACAAGCUGUGCGAUUGGCCUCUCAAUGCAAGCAAGUGUAUACUGCAAUAAUUGAUCUCCUCGCCAAAGCCGUCGGCGCGCCAAGAGAUAGCAAUGGGGAUGUUUCCUUAGAGGCGUUAGACUUGAAUGGUUCAAACGCCACGAGUCUGAUGAGCAAGCUCAAAUGGCCCUUCCAAGAACCUCGUAUCAAGAAGCAUCAAGAGGAGUUAAGAUGGCUGAAAAUAAGUCUAUUGUUCCACUUGAGGCUCAUGGAGCUUGCUAAAACGAAGAUGGCGGCACCGGCUAGAAAUCUCGACGCUUGGGAGAAGGAAGUAGCUCUUCAAGCUAUGGUAGAGAAGCUCCUGAACCGGAAGAAGGAAUACGCUAGGAAGAUAGCAGCCGAGAGGAAGAGGGAAAGACGUCAGAGGGCCGGGAAGAAGAGACUGUCCACGGCCUCUUCUAGGUCCUCUUCUUUCAAGACGAUCGAUAAGUUGCAAUCUCGCAGCCCGAGCCUGAAACCAAAGUCACCUAUUUGGGGAUCUUCUGGCUCUAGCAUCCGCGAACUAUCAUCGCCUGCGGAUAUCAACGACAAUGAGGGGAUAAAAAGUUAUUCGUCAAAUCACGAAGUUAUCGACGACGUGUCUCUGUACAGGCCCCCAAACCCUGCUCCAAAGCUCCCUAAGGCCAAGGUGAAGAAAUUUCGAAGGAUAUCUCUAUCAGAAUUUGGAAUUAACAGCACUUCAAACCCAACCGUUGGACCUGUGGGUGCUUUCGCAGUCAAUAAUAUAGCAGGGCUAGGGGAACAGGCCGUCGUCGACAAAGACUACCCAAGACAGGCUGAGAAUAUCCACGAGUCUUUAAACUCAAGUUCAGCUAACAAAUCUACUUCGCAUUCUCAUACCUUCGUCAACACGCAGGAUUCGACAGCGGACGCCAGUACGAGCCAGCCCACAGUCCCACGUAACAUAAUAGAUACGCUCGACACCAGCACUGCCAAUAAGAAGGACAAUUUAUACGGCAACAACAUCAUUGCAGAGGACUCAGGAUCUAUCUAUACUUCGCGCUUUUCUCGAAGUCCAUUCCACGCCCUACUAUCAGUGACCGGUCUCUUCGGGAAGCGAGACCGGUCUGUAAUACGGGACAUAGAGAGCAAAGAACUAGAGGCGUAUUUCGUCGAAGACAGCCCAACUAAUAACUCCAUAGUGGUCCGCAAGCUUCCCUUCGACCGCCAGAAGUUGAUCAGCAUAUUAAAACGAAUUAUACGAUCUCGACGCGAUGGCGACGUAUGGGCACAAUAUGCUUCAUUGAAUUUUGCGCAACGGGAGGGCGUGGACCGCGCCAUGAUCGAGGCAAACCAAUCGAAUCCUCGCGAGAGAACGUGCAUAGCACUUACACCGGCCAAGAGCAGGUCUCGAAAAGAAAAAGAGUCACGCGACGAUAGUAAUAAAGGUAUCGCAGUAUUCUUCUCUUUGGGCAUGCGUGCCGCGCCGAUCCAUCUGAAAUUUCAAGCCAAGAACUACCAAUUGCCGUUUGAACUAUGUCGUACAUGGGAGGGCAUGGACAACCUUAUUAGACACGUUUUAGCCGAUGUCUACAAUACCAGUCUCGCCAUCGCGCAGCAACCCUCAACAAGAUUCCAACUACGAGGUGUAGACGACAGUAUCAUUUUACCAAAGACAUGGGAGGGCAUCGCGCGCCCAGGCAUGGUCGUAUUCCUAUCCCUCAAACUCGGCAAUCUGGAGUCUGCGAGUGACCUCCCUCCUGAUUCGCGACGCCGUGUCCCAGGUUUAAGCAGCGGUUCCAUCCCUAUACCUUUACAACAACAACGUCCGGCACCUCCCGUACCAAAUUUUAAGGAACAGACGUACCUUGCCCCUCCACCGCAGCCUCUCCCUCCAUCUCCACCCUCCAACAAGAAAAGGAUCAUGGACAUGCGAUUAUUCCAACCCGGAUCAUGGGCCGACGAAAUCUCGCUCCACUCCCACAACUCAGUGGAGUCGCUCUCACCCCCACAUCAACACGCCCCAUUGCCAUCCACCGCAAGCUCAGACUCAGGGUUAGCUGCCGUGAAGGUGAAAAGGAAGAAAACCAAAACCAGGACGAAGAAAACCAAAUCAUGGUUUAGCUCCCGCCACCGCUCUCGACGUCCCGAACCCGCUUCCUCUCCCACUUCGUACUAUGACGAAGAUAGUAAGCCCACGGUUGAACGCCGCGCAACGCGCCCCGCCGAAGAAGUAAUACUCGAAAGCUCGAUCCCCGUCGGAACAAGAGGCGGUGAGCUACCGCCGGUAGAAAUAUCCGCGCCAAAUUUGAUCGACGAGUUAGAUGAAAAUGAAGCUAGUACCUCAAGGAGAGGAGGUUCGAGACGUAUGCGGGCUGAUACGUGGGAAUUUCCUGAAGUAUAUAGGGACAGGGAUAGAGAUGAGGACCAGAGCUUAGAGGAAGAAGAAGUUGAUAUUAUCGAUUUCGAUGAGGAGCAGGAGAUGGAUGAACUCGGAUUGGGUGGUUUAUUAGGGAAGUGGACGAAUGCUUUUGAUGCUCCCGACCCUACGGACGAGAAACGCGAGUGACGAGCUUAGAUAUAUAUCAGGUAGAUUUCAGUAUAUAGGAGCCACAUGUAUUCAUAAAGCAGGUUCACAUCACAAUGAGGUGGGCGCUAUAUAUAAUAUGUAUGGAUUCAAUAUAUAUACUCGCAUGCCUUAUAUAAAGCGCACGCAUAGGUCAAAGCUAUCUACAAGUUAU